AUGACAGCUGGCGUAAGACACCUUCUAGGCUUGGCCUUGGCCAUUGUCAGCUUUGUGGGGACCAUUGUCAUCUGUGCACUUCCACAGUGGAGAAUCGAAAAAAUCUUCUGGGAAUCGAGCAACGUUGCUCCCCAGGUGUUCAUUGAAGGUUUGUGGAAAGUUUGUGGUCCUUACAGUGCACACACUGAGUGCAAAGAGUAUGAGGAACCAUUUGUGUCUAUAAGUCAAGACCUGGAGGUUGCUAGAGCGCUCAUCGUCAUUGCCAUUAUCGUUGGUGUCAUUGGGAUCCUGCUUGGUGCUGCUGGGAGCAAAUUCAUCAACUUUGUGCCAGACGAAAGGAAAAGGAGCAAAAUAGCUAUGGCUUCUGGAGUUGUUUGCAUCAUUGCAGGCAUAUUUGUGCUAAUACCAAUCAGCUGGACCACCAUCACCACCACCACCAUCCAGAAUAAUUUCAACAACUUUCUGCCUCAUGGCACUCUGGAACUGGGAGCCUCGCUUUAUAUUGGCUGGAUCACCACAGCACUUCUGUUCCUGGGAGGAGGCCUCCUCUGCAGCUCCUUUAUCUGCCAAGAUGGAACUGACUAA